GGCGAUGACAACGCCUGGCUCUGGCGACCGAGUCCGGUCAACCAGAAUCUUCCAAAGGACAGUGAAGCGCACCGAAUCCACUCGAACCGUGCGGAGAACGCGUUCCUUCCUGCCGUACGCGAAGUGGAUGAGGGGCGAGGCACACCAGCGAGCUCGACAGGAUGGGCGAGACGAAGAUGUCACAGAGCCUGUGGAGGAAGCGCUCGUGCCCCAACAAGCCUUUCCCGCAAUGUCGAUUCCUCGGCGCGGCCUCUGCCCGAUGCCGGACUCCCCCGACGGCAACGUCUGCAGCGUAGCUGUCCAGGCGUUUCCAAGCGUCGUCCACCAGGGGGUGCAGGUCGAGUUUGACGAGCACGACUGCAUCACCAGGCUCGUAGAGCUCCAAAUUGCCAUGAACGAGCAAGAGGAGGUCCGGCGCCAGGACAUGAAGGCUGCCUGCGAACUGGUCGAGAAACUGGAAGCGAUGCAGCUCUCCGAGUCACUCAUGAGGACACAGCUGCGUGCCAUGGACGCCGAGCGCCGGGAGCAGAGCGCGCGCGAGGCGCGACUUCGGGACGAACUGACGGCGUGGCAGGAGACGGUGCAGCAGCAGCAGCUCCUGCUGCAGCAGCUCAAGGAGGACCUGGACGACACCGAGGACACGCUGGCCGCCCAGAGGCAGGAGGCCAACAGGCUCCGGGAGCAGAUGCUCGUGCUCCAGGAGAGCUGCGACAGCGGCCUACUUAUGGUGGACGUCCUAGGAAGGGCCGACAAGGAAGUCCAGACGCCCGACAGUGGACAGCAACCGUUGUCCAGCUCAUCGCCUUACAAAGGAAUCAGGCUGGACAGCUCCUCGCCGGUGUACCUGGACCAGCUGAGCCAGCACCGGCGGCUGUCGGCGCUGGUGAGCUCGCAGCUGGAGGCCACCGCCAACAGGAUCGCCCAGCUGCGAAGGGAGGCGGCCGCCAACCGGCCCCGGGGAUCGGCGAUCGACGAAUACGUCCAGGACUUGGCUGACAAGGAGGCCAUCGUGCAUCAACUUCUGCUGGAACAGCAACAGAUGGAUGAACUCCUGUCGGAACACGACAAGAUCUUGGCUCACACCAGAAGCGAAAGCUUGAAGUCCAAGGAAGGCCAGAUGACCCCCACCUUGCAGACAGAGGAAGAAAAGCUGUGCCUGGUGGGCGCCCGCUGCCUCCAUGAGAACCACCCCGAGGUGAUCGCGCGCCAGGCUCGGCUACUGCAGCGCCUGCAGGUGGACAGGAUCGGAGUGUUCAGGACGCCUACGCCGCUCGACCGAUCAUCGGCAGGAUCCUUGCCUAGGAGAGCGGAGCCAACGCAGAGGCCAUACCAUGCCCUUCUCUCACAGUACCCCGUUCAUCGAUACGGUCCCAGGCCGAGCGUGCGAGCUGCGGGAGCCCCGGCCACGGGCGCGAGCGGCAGCAGCGCGGGCGGUGCAUCGGACGCGUCGGUCGGCGUCGGCUCGUCGACGGACCAGCGACGCAUCUCCUUCUCGUCGACCUCGACCGCGGUCAACUCGCGAAGCCACAGCGUGUUCCGCGUCUCCCAGCAGCGCCCGCAACAGGCGCGACAGUCGCAAGCGACGACGACGUCGACAGCGCCCCUAACGGCGGCGAGCCGCGGCCAUGCAAGACAGCCGCAGUCGCAACCCGGGUCGCGGCAACCGGCAAGGAAGGCUUCGGAAGCUGAGCGCGUCAACCGCUUCGUCAACACUUCGCGCGGAGGGUCGAAGCGAUGACUAGGCGGCGGACGAACUGCGCGGCUGAUCGGUGUCGUUCGCUUCUGGAAGAGAGCGUUCGAUACCGAUUCGGCGAUGGUCGUAAGAAGCGAGGCCUCCUGCUGCUGGUCAUCUUGGGAAUGCGAAGCCGUGUAAAGAAAGACUUGUUCGCUGCAGACCGCAUAGUCCAUAAUAGUAGAACGCGCAGAGAGAUGGCACGUGAUCGGUGAGUGAGUGUCUCGAUCGGUGUCUCGAAAAAUUUAACGAACUCAAAAUGUAAAGAAACUGGGAGAAGGUUGACUGUUCGCGUCCCUCGCCGGUCGUGAAAAAGAAAGUUAAGUCGUAUCCUUAUGCUAUAGCGUAAAAAAAAAAAAAGAAAAAAGAAACACCUGCCAUAAAGUUGUCAAUGUACGUAAUUCGAGUUACCGCAUUUAUUGUUUCGAGUAAAUAAUAUAUGUCGUGAUCUUUUCUAUAAAGUAAGCCUAUAGUUCAUGUAGACCUCCAUUUGUUUCUUUCCCACGUCCAUUCGCUCUUCACGGUCGUUUUUCCCUUCCCUAAGCGUAGGGUACCCAACCAGGCGCUUUUCUGGUUAAUAUAUCUCCCUUCCCCCUUUCUUUUUUUCCUCCUCCUCCUUGUCGAGGUGUUGAGGCUGCAUAAUAUUUUUAUUCCAACAACGGGUCCUCGUGUUUGACGAUAUCUGUCGUUAAAGAAAUAAAUGCCAAUUUCUAGCCGUACAUGUGUACCUUGGGGCGUUAGCAUUAAGAAAGUACCUAAAAUGUGGUAUCAAGGUAUAAAUACGAUUGCAGACGGAACUACCCGCAGCCUCUUGCAGAAUAAAUCAAGAAAUUGAUAUCAGGUACCAAGGCGUUUCGCAACUAUGAGCCAUGGUAUAAGGUGUACGUACUAUACUGCGUUUUGAUAGCUGGAUUUAGUGCCAGGUGCUACGAUAAAUUCUUUAUAUCGUUCCCAUUAACCCUCUCUCCUGUCAAUGAUAGCCACCGUGUUCAUGCUUUGCGUCGUGCAUUUUCGCAAUGAAAGCGCGUUGCAAAUGAGGCUUUUUUCUUCUGUGGCCUCUUUUGCACAUUAGAGUAUAGGCUAUCAAAUAGAUUCAGCCUACGAGUAGGAAUUACUCCGAAGCAUUCAGCGAUAAAUUAUUAUUGAAGUCAUCUGUAAAGGUAAUUAACGUGUAAACACGGUUGGCCGUGAACAUAGUAGUAAUGAAGCGUUCGAGUAAAAACCGUGGGUUUUAGAAUCUAACGUCUACUUACCAUACGUUAAUUUACCGUUAUAUUAUGUUAAAUGCCUCAACUCCAGGUAAUUGUAUACCGACCGUUCCUCUUCGAUUUUUUUUCUCACGAAACGUGCGUUUCAUGUACACAUCGAUUUAUAUACUGUAAGACUAACUUUCUAAUUAAAGAAAUAACUUUAGAAAUUCUUACCUGAAAGAAAAAAGAACAAGCAGAAGUCGCCACUAAACGCUUCGGGACUUCUAAUACGUCAUUUUUCACCUUGCCUUAUUUCGAGGAAGGCUUUCAUUGGUCUUGACUAUUUCUCCAUUCUUUAUGUGUGUCAACUGAUUAGGGUGAAAUAACGUUUAGCUACCGCGUCCGUCCUUACAAUGUCGAUUCUUCACCGUCUAUACAAAGCCACGCUGACUGUACACAGGCCAUCUAUAGCCCUUGACCGCGGUUCGUGCGCACUGUUUCCGUCUUGCGCCUGAAGCAUUCGCCCAAAGGCAACGCCUAUCGCGGCGAGGAUAUACAGAUGACGCCGAGGUGCGUCGCCAACUGUGAAUGCAAAAUAACUUAUUCUUGGGCUGGUUGGUUGACGCUUGG